CUUGAUAAGCGGAUUUGGUCACCAAUGACGCAACUGAAGCGCAAAUUAUAAACAAUUGAAUCCAUGUCUUUAUAUUUGUAACCCUAGGUUCGAGCUUCUGAAGAUUAGCAGAUGGGAAUUUAACAAAUCAGCCAAUUAAUUCGUUGAAAACACUGGGGAUUCCCCUUGGACUCCACUAUCGGAAGACCCCGCAAAACCCAACAAGGUAACUGGUACCCCGCUAUCGGCGACCCCAAGCUUUACAAAAACAGCUCAAGCUAUCUUGCAUUAUUCAAAACAUCUCUUCAAUCGACUCUCACCUCUUCCGUACACUUCUCGCACAUACUUCCAACUAUCAUCUUCAAUCACCAUCCAAAACUAUACCCACAAUGCCUCUCUCAGUCGGCGACAAGCUCCCAACAGACGUCAAGUUCACCUACGUCCCAUACACUGAGGAGAAAGCUGGUAUCACUUCUUGCGGUAGUCCAAUUGUCUACAAUGCCGGUAUAGGUACGUUAAAAUCCUCUAAACUCUCCCAGUUCACUUUACCUCUAGCCACUUCUUCCUUGGCAGAAAUUCUGGUUACUCCAAUACCCAGACUCAAGCUGAUGGUUAUUUAAAUGUAGAAUGGCAAAACAAAAAAGUCGUCCUUUUCUCCGUCCCCGGAGCCUUCACGCCAGGUUGCAGCGCAAAGCAUCUCCCAGGCUUCAUCGAGAACCUUGACAAACUGAAGGCAAAGGGAGUUGAUAUCGUCGCUUGUAUCGCAUACAACGAUGCCUUCGUCAUGAAUGCUUGGGCAAAAGCGAAUGAAAUUAGGAACGAUGAUAUCGUACGUCUUAUACCCUUUUUAAGACAGAAAAAUGGGCGAGGAGAUGGUGUCAAGAACUUCUGGUGGCUAACCUGUGUUCGAUUUGUAGUUGUUCCUCUCAGACGACAAGGGAUUCUCCAAGGAUACAGUUGGUUGGAUGAAAGGGGAGCGAACUGCGAGAUAUGCCUUGGUUAUUGACCAGGGAGUUGUGAAAUAUGCAGAGGUAGAGCCUGGAAUGGAUGUUGAUGUUUCUAGUGCUACGGCUGUUUUGGCGAAGCUUUAGGUUUGAACAUCCCCUACGCCUACCAUAAUCCGAAGACAGCUCCAUAUGGCGUCGAUAAAUGGGAAAAUGCGAAGGCUUACGAUGUCCGUUGGCGGAUGAUAGAUAAUACAUAUACCCCACUCAAUUAGAGCGAGCUUUUACGAAUACUGAGUCCUAUGCUUUUCA